CAACACUACCUCACACUACCUCAUAGGUACUACCUACCUGACCUGCCCGCCGCCCGCCCGCUUGCCCAUCGCCAGGACAAACCAGCACAAGCCAGCACAGGAGGUAGAUGAGGUAAAAUACCUACCUACUUACCUACCUACCGACUGCCUUACUAUUAUUGCUAGACUGGAUUAUACCAAGUUUGGAUUGCCUUGCCUCCCUGGCACUCGAUCUACCACCUGCCUGAAUUGCUGUUGCUGUCGUUGUACCGACUGUUGCUCUGUCUGUCUGUCCGUCUGUCUGUCUGGCUGGCUGGCGUGUCGUGUCGCCAGCGCUCCCGUCACAAAGCGAUGUCAAUGCCUGCCACUGAACAGCAACUUCUUGACCGUCAUUCAUCAACUGCCUCGUCAUCCCGUACCCACACUCACCAUCAUCAUCACCAUCACCGUCACAGCCAGCAUCAACAGAAGCAUCACCAGCAGUCCGAUCAUUACGCCCAGCCUGCCCGAGCCCACUCGACACGUUCACGCCCAACUACUGCUACGGCCACUCCCAGCUCCGACAGCAUCAGCAUUACCAACAGCCACAGCCACAGCAACGGCAACGGAAAUAAUAACAACAACCACGCUGCCCCACUCCCUCAUCGAUCUGCGUCGACCUCUCAUCCCCAGCGCCAUCAUAGUCGCCGUCAAUCCGGUUCUGGCUCCAUCCGCGCAGUCCAAGACGUCCUCCCACAGCUAGACUAUGAAACCACGAACGUAGCCCAUCAGUCAAACCGAAGCUCAAGCAAAGACCGUCCUCCCCCGGUCUCCCGAGGCGCCGACUCCAAGGGCGUCCAUCGCCGUGCCAGCGUACGCUCCAACCACUCCCAUACCAGCGAAAUGACCGGUACCACUGUGGUGAACAAUAACGGCCCUGCCGCCGCCGCCGCCGUGCCCCCAGUCAUGCAAGCCGCCGCCGACGCUCGUGCCACCGGUGCCAAGCAGAGAACAUCGCGAACCUCCAUUCCGACCCAAUCCGGUAAAUGGAUUCUCGGAAAGACCAUCGGUGCUGGUAGUAUGGGCAAGGUGAAGCUUGCACGCAAAGAAGAUGGGACUGAACAGGUUGCUUGCAAAAUUAUACCGCGUGGCUCUACCGAAGAUGGGCACCAUAGUCGGGCAGAAAAAGAAAGAGCAGACCAGUCCAAGGAGAUACGCACUGCACGGGAGGCAGCUAUCGUCACUCUUUUGCAACAUCCUCACAUUUGUGGUUUACGGGAUGUCGUUCGGACCAAUUACCACUGGUACAUGCUAUUUGAAUAUGUCAAUGGCGGCCAGAUGCUCGACUACAUUAUCUCCCAUGGGAAGCUGAAAGAGAAGCAAGCGAGAAAAUUCAGCCGACAGAUUGCGAGCGCUCUGGAUUACUGUCAUAGAAACAGUAUUGUUCACCGAGACCUCAAGAUUGAGAAUAUCCUCAUUAGCAAGACGGGAGAUAUCAAGAUAAUCGACUUCGGUCUUAGCAACCUGUUUUCCCCAAGGAGUCACUUGAAAACCUUUUGUGGUAGUCUUUACUUUGCAGCACCUGAGUUGCUCCAAGCCCGUGCCUACACUGGUCCGGAGGUGGACGUCUGGAGUUUUGGUAUUGUUCUCUACGUCCUCGUAUGCGGUAAAGUACCAUUUGACGACCAAAGCAUGCCAGCUUUACACGCAAAGAUCAAAAAGGGAGUAGUCGACUACCCAGGUUGGCUAUCAAAUGAAUGCCGACACCUUCUAUCGCGAAUGCUCGUUACUGACCCCAGACAAAGGGCAACAAUGUUUGAAGUCAUGAACCACCCUUGGCUCACUAAAGGAUAUGGUUGUCCGCCGGAGAACUAUCUUCCGCAGCGGGAGCCUCUGACUCUACCCUUAGACUCUGAGGUGAUCAACGCCAUGACGGGAUUCAACUUUGGGUCACCAGAGGCCAUCAAAUCUCAACUCUCGAGAUUGAUUGAAUCCGAAGAUUACAAGCGAGCAGUACAAUUACUUCAGAAAGAAAAAGAAGUCCCGCCCGCUCCAAAAGACCCUGAAAAGAAGCGCGGGUUCGGUUUCGACUUCUACAAGCGGCGAAACUCUACUAGUAGUAGAGAUAAUCUAACAGCGCCCAGCUCUGAAGCACUCCAAGUUGGUAGCGACCCUCUGAAUGCUUUCAGUCCGCUUGUUUCGAUCUAUUAUUUGGUAAAAGAGAAGCAAGACCGAGAUAGAAUCGACAGAGUAGACAAAGUGCCAAAGUCGCACCCACCCAAGAACGCUGCUGACACUCCUAUGCCCGAAAUCGUUCCUCCACCUGAAGCACAUACCAAUACCUCCACCUACGAGAUGGCUGGAGAAAAAGCCACAGGUGGUAGAACAAGACCCCGUGCUCGGACCCAUGGCGAAGAUGAUGCGCCCGAGGAAAUCAAGAGACCCCAUGCACAAACAAAUAUCCCAGUUCCGCCAGAACCCCCAGCUGAGCUUGCGCCCAGGAAGGAAAGUACUGCUGCAGGUAUCUUGAGGCGUUUCAGUACUCGACGUCGAAAAGAACCGGAGAGACUGGAUAAAGAUCGGUCUCACCCCCCUGCGGUUCAUGUUCAUUCUCCGGCUGAAACACCCACAACACCACGCAAAAGCUUCAGCAUUCGAAAACCAAGAGGGCGAGAUCGCGAUGACCCCCAGAUGCCGAGGCUCCGAUCCGGCAGCAGCCAACCUCAACACCGAGAUUUACUCAGCCCACCACUUUCAGCCGGCGCUAAUUUCUCUGAGAGUAGCAAAGCACUUGGGCGUUCUACUAGUGUCAACUCGGCUGAUUAUAGGAGGCGACCUUUCGGCUCUGCCAGUAGGAUCGUCAAGGAGCCACCACCUACAAGUGGCUCGGAUCAGUCGGCGAGCGCUGAUAAGCCUCCUCAUGAACCAAACAGUACUCUAAAUUCUCGAGGUGCAUCCAUGCGAGCCCGGCCUCUAGGACAUGCUCGGCGGGAGAGUAUUCAAGCAAGGAGAGCACGGAGAGAAGGCGCAAGGACAACCGACCUUGUAGAGGAAACGGAUCAAGAAGUUGCCGAAGGAAGUGGAAAUUCGGCGGAUCGACUUGAUGACUCCGAACUUGCGAAGCCAGUCUUCCUAAAAGGCCUUUUCAGUGUUUCCACAACUUCGACCAAGUCCGUACCGGCCAUCCGUAAAGAGAUGAAGAGGGUCCUCAAACAGCUAGGUGUCGAGUAUACAGAAAUCAAGGGUGGGUUUAGUUGCCGACACACGCCGAGCAUCGAUAUGAAAAAGAUAGUAGAUGUGCCUGAGAGUCCUGCCCUUACCCCCGGUGUCCGCCGGCGCUUCAGCUUUGGCAUCAGGAGUGAGCGGGAACGAGACGAACUUCGGGAGAUGGAUCGGGUACCACAUACACCUCGUACUCCUGGAAAGGGACCCGCCGAUAGAGGUGAUUCAACAUCUGAACUCUCUGACCAGGAGAGCAUACAUCGAGAUGUUACUGGGUCUUCGAGACGAGUACCGGGUGAGACCACUACACACGUACAAAGCGAUUUAGGUGGAAGCAUGAUUCUUGAGUUCGAAAUCGUCAUUGUCAAGGUCCCUCUGCUCUCAUUGCACGGUAUCCAAUUCAAGCGCAUGAAGGGUAACACGUGGCAGUUCAAGAGUAUGGCCGACCAGAUUCUCAAAGAGCUUCGGUUAUAAGCCUGGCACUUAAUAGUAAGAAGAUUUGGCAGGCCCAACUCUCUUCUCCUAGUAGCAACCCACGGAGUGGUCAAAAUUGGGAGUUGGUUGCGGACAAUUGGUGAUUUCACCAGCGUUUCUUUUCGUUUGCCACGUCUUUGGUUG